ACACUUGAAAAGCUCAUGGACUACCUUGACACGCUGCCCCCUGAACUCUGGAAUCGUUGCUUGUCCUUGCUCAACCCCACAAACUUGCGUAACGUCGCCCUCACAUGCAAGACUCUCAACGACUUCGCCCAGCCUUGUUUGUUCCGUCUGCUCCGUGUGGUCGUCGCAGACGGCCAGUACGGUACUGAAGAGGUGAUAAACGCCUCCCGCGAUGCGUUUGUACAGCGGUUUGUCAGCAUCUCAGAGAGCACGACGCUGGCGCCACUCGUGAAGAGGAUCAUUUACGCGGACCAUCUGGAAAUGGGGAAUCCCAUGGCUCUGGGGGCGGUCCGCAAUUUCAAAGAGGCUGUCCCUGCCAACUUCUUCCCCAUCCUUCCGCGCUUUGUUGGGGUGGUCCAGCUCACCCUCUGGCAAGCCGGCAUAGACUUCGAGGCCCCGGAUAUGCGCAAGGCGAUUGAGUCAUUGCCGCUGCUCCGCCGACUCCUUAUCGGCGGGAGCGAGCUCGAAGACGGCAAUCCUAUGCCCCUCGAAAGCUUUACGUUCCAAGACUCGCGACCUCUGGUCUAUCCCAAUACCGAGCCGCUGCAUGUCGUUGACCCAAAGACAAUCCAGCGGCUAACACUUCUCGGCCCAUUGGGACUAAACCCUCUCUUUGUGGCUCUCCAGUCAACUCCGCUGCCCGCGUUGCGCUUUCUACACAUCGACAUCUCGCCCGAGUCGGAUAUAAGCACCAUCGUUGCCAUGCUCGAUCAAUGCGAACAUCUCCUGGAGCUUGUCAUUGGCCACCACGCGCAAUCGCAUGCAGGUCUCAUCCCCAGGUUCGAUGCUGGACAGCAGCAGAUCUUGGCUACCAUGUUUGCCGCAUUCUCUGAACAGAUGGUCAAUGCGGGGCUGCCGCUCCCUCCGGGCUUUACGCUCCCUGGCUUUGGGCCCGCAGCUGACACGGAAUCAGAGAUGGACAAACUCGGGCGGACAUUCAUUCUGGCGCCAUUGGCACUCCCGAAUUUACGGAGCCUGCGUUGCCCUUACAACUUUGUUAGACUCCUCCUGCCCAACCGCGCCACCCUCGACACGCUUAACACAUUUCGGGGCAAGAGCGAGCGAAAAGACGAAACACCUAUUGCGGCAAUCGAGGCGGCGGGUAUCAAUGACAACAUGCGCGUUUUGCGCCUGCUUAGCGCGUUACCCACUCAUACUCUCCCGGAAGUCUUCACAGCCGUUGCCCGCUUCCACCCUGCACUUCGCGAUUUCACCCUCGUUGCCCAUUACGGCCCGCAAGCGCGCUUGUCGCAGCUCGUAGAACAGGGUAUGCUGGUGCUGCCGCCACUGCUGGAGGCCCUCGAAAUCCGUAUUACGUCUGCCCGCGGCGAGUUGUCCGAGCAGUCGAUUCGGCGGGAAAUCACCGAGGCACUCAGCGCGCAACAGGCAGCUUCGACGCUUUGCAAAGUUGUCUUUGCCAUUGAGGAGGAUGAUGUGCGGAAGGUGCAUAAGUAUGUCAAGCGUGUUGGCAGCAGAGGAGAAUGGAUUUGCGAAGCUUAG